AUGGAUGAUCCAAACUUCCGAAAGCCAUCCACGGACCACACCGGACCUGUCACCGCUGGACACAUGCAAAGCUCUCUGGCCCAUUCCAACUACUCUCGAACCGGGCUGACCACCCUCAAAAUCUCCCCCGCAUUCUAUUUUGACGUGGAGAUCGAAGGCGCACCAUCGGAUUUACGUGACGCGGUUGCGCAAUCACAGUACUAUCUCGAAAACGACAAACUUGGACGUCUGGUCGUAGGUCGUGGCGCGAAUGACACUACCGCAUUUGCCACCGCGAUGACGCUUUCAAAGUUAACGCUGUCUCUCGCGAGUAGAGCUGCUGUAGAGCCCAUUUCCUCAGAAGCUGUCAAGCCCCUGGGAACCCGUAGUGAGGAGUACGCACUGAACAUUCCAGCAGAUGGCUCGGCUGCUACUUUGACGGCGAACUCGACGUUGGGUCUGUACAGAGGACUCACCACUUUCAAUCAGCUUUUCUACUACUAUGGAGGACCUUUCCGGGGAUUAGGACUGGAUACCUCGAGACACUACUAUCCGGUCAGCGACAUUCAGCGAACUUUGGACGCGAUGAGCUGGGUGAAGAUCAACACUUUCCACUGGCAUAUCACGGAUAGUCAGAGUUUUCCACUCGAAGUCGCACAGUAUCCCGAGCUCGCCAUCAAUGGUGCAUACUCUCCUCAAGAAGUUUACACAGCAAGCGAUGUCCAAUACAUCGUGAAGUAUGCUGCUGCAAGAGGUAUUGAUGUUAUGAUGGAAAUCGAUACACCCGGCCACACCGCUAUCAUGGCAGCCGCUUACCCCGAAUAUGUUGCAUGCUUUGAGGCUAGUCCAUGGGCAUUCUUUUCCGGCGAGCCCCCUGCCGGCCAGCUUCGUUUUGCACUCCCAGAGGUCACGAACUUCACUGCUUCCUUGCUCACCAACAUCGCAAAGACCCUCCCUUCGCACUAUUUCAGCACCGGCGGCGAUGAAAUCAACAAGAACUGUUACGCCGAUGACUACCCCACGCAGCAGCAACUUAAGAGGACCGGCAUGACGCUGAACGGUGCUCUUGACACGUUCACACAGACCACUCAUGGUGCACUGAUUGUCCAGGGAAAGACGCCUGUCGUAUGGGAAGAAAUGGCCCUCGACUGGAAUAUUACACUUUCAAACGAGACUAUUGUGAUGGUUUGGAUUUCUUCUGCAGAUGCUGCAGCGGUGGUAGAAAAGGGUUUCAGGAUCAUCCAAGCACCAUCAGAUUACUUCUACCUGGAUUCUGGUGCUGGUGAGUGGCUGGGAGACAACCCAACUGGAAGUAGCGGCCCCUUCAGGACCUGGUCCGAGGCAUAUACCUUUGAUCCGUUGGCAAACUUGACCGAGGCGCAGUACGAACUUGUUCUGGGAGGCGAGCAAAUUCUAUGGAGUGAACAGUCUGGUCCCCAAAAUGUCGACCCGAUCGUGUGGCCACGCGCUGCAUCAUCAGCAGAAAUUUUCUGGAGUGGGAAGCAGCCCACUGGCGCUGCACUCAACGUCACCGAGGCACUUCCUCGUUUGCAUGACGUCAGGUACAGGAUGGUACAGCGCGGCAUCAAUGCCAUCCCACUCCAGCCGCAGUGGUGUGCGUUUCGACCGGACGCAUGCGAUAUGUACGCUUGGUUUGGAACUUGA